AUGCUUCCAUCAAAUUUUAUACAGCUUGCAUGUAUUCUAUCAAGCAUUGGCGGAGCAAUUUCUCGACCACAGUAUAGCCUUUAUGCUGACUCGGAAGAGCCUCAAGAGAACCUCCACUCUUUAGCAGCCCCAGCAGUUUCAAAUGCUGAGCUAGCGCCUCCUCCUCCUUCCAACCCGUUAGUCCCAGGAAAAGAAGCUAAACCCGUGGUGGCCACCCCAGUACCCAAGCCUGAACCACCACCAGGUGCAGAAAAGAAAGAUGGCUCCCCAGAAAAAGAUGCGAAAAUCGAUGGUGCACCAGGAAAACCUACUGAUCCACCGCAGCCUCUAGGGCCCACAGCCCCGGGCCCAGGGACCCCAGGAAAGAAUGGCGGUCCAGCCGGUGAACCAAUAGGCAAGGACGCCAGUCCACUCGAAGAGACUGCACCUAAACCUAAAGGAAAGAAUGCUUCAUCACCCCUGCCACUAAUAGAAGCAAAACCACCACCGCUGAGUGAGGAUCCAGCUCGCAAAAAACCGGAACCUAAAAAGCCAAUCGUACCUCAGCCUCCAAGUGGCGACAAAAAGAGUGGGAACAAGGAUGAUUGGGUUCGUUGA